AUGAUGAAUGCUACGACUUCUACUCCAACACAAUCGACUGCAUCGAUUGAUUACACUGAACUAGGAAAUCGAAUCGGCACAGUUAUCUAUUCAAUUAUCUAUAGUUUAGGCUUUACUGGAAAUGUGUUUGCUCUUCUGACGUUCUCUAGUCAUCGCAUGCGACAAAUAUCCAGUAGUAUCUUUCUUCUGAUUCUUUCGAUUAGUGAUUCAAUAGCGCUUAUUGCAUCGUUAUGGUUCUUCUUGGCCGACGCCUUCUCCAUUCAAUUACAAAAUUAUUCGGCACUUGCUUGUCGUUUUCGAACGUUUUUCGGGUAUGUUUUCAUGGAUCUUUCGUCGUGGUGCAUUGCCGGCUUGGCAAUAGACCGAUUUUUACGAACGGAAAUACCUCUGCGCGCGAAACUUCUGUGUACACCGCGAAAUGCUCUAAUUGCGGUACUUAUUUUCUUUUUUCUCCUGUGCGGUAUCAAUGGACAUUAUUUUUCGGCUGGCAUCGGACAAGAACGAGGCGGUAAUCGAACGAUGGCUCACUGUUUGGAAAAUCGCGAUGAGUAUCCGAAUUAUUACUUUUUCUACAAAGUCAUUUGGCCAAAAAUCGAUAUGAUCGUGUUUUGUUUUCUUCCUGGGUGCAUUAUGAUCUUUUGCAACAUUCGAAUUGUUUGUAUUCUUCGACGACAACGUCACCAUUUCGAAAGUCUUCGAAGUGCAAGCGUGCCAACGAAAAUCACGAAUAUUCAACAAACAUUACAUGGAAGCAUCUCGUUGAGAAAAAGUCCAUCGCAUCGGAAAGCAUUCGAACGACAAAUGUCAUUAAUGAUGUCUUCAUGCGUUCUUGUCUUUCUAUGUACAACUGUGCCCGUCACUGUUUAUUUGAUUUUUCUUGAACAAAUCAACCGCGAUCAGCAGAAUCCUGUUCCAGAUACUCGUCUCUAUGUAUUUAUAUUUCGCAUGCUUCGUGCGCUCAUGUACAUUCAUUUCGGCUGUAAUUUUUAUCUCUAUUGUCUAACAAGUCGAAUCUUUCGCGGUGAAUUCAUACGAGUGAUUACAUGUCGACGAAUCAUUCUCAAUAAAAGCCAUGAUCUGGCGACAAGUUUUGCUGCUAAUAGGAGUAUCGAUGCAUCAAAUUUGUAG